AUGAAAUACUCCAUCGGGACCCCGCCGUUUGAAACCUACGGGAUUGCUGAUACCGGCAGUGAUAUUACACGGACGCAGUGUCAGCCAUGCACGAAUUGCUUCAACCAAUCGCUCCCCAUGUUUGAUCCGAAGAAGAGUAGCUCGUACAAAACGAUGCCGUGUGAUUCGUCUACCUGUAGCUCCUCUACUAGCUUCAGUUGUGGCGAUGACGAUGUUUGCCAGUAUCUAGUGACGUACGGCGACCUGUCCACUACUACCGGGGAUGUGGCUAUGGAUACUCUUACAUUAGGUAAUACGUCUUUUAAGAGCGUUUUGUUCGGUUGCGGCCACGAAAACGGCGGCACGUUCAGCGACAGCACUUCCGGGAUUGUCGGCCUCGGCGGCGACGGCGUUACCUCCAUCAUUGCCCAGUUGGACCAACAAAUCAGCGGGAAAUUCGCCUACUGUUUAUCGGCGGAUGCGAAUUCCUCUAGCCAUAUAAGUUUCGGCCCCGACGCUGUGGUUAACGGCGCUAAGGCCGUUUCACGCCGUUAA